AUGUGCCUCAUCGGGUGGGCGACUUCGCCGCCUCCGGCAUGCGCCACAAACUCCGCCGGAGUCAGGAAGCUACCAUGGCACACACACACAAUCCUCACCUCCUCAGCUCUGCUGUACUGGUACAGGAAGCCGUCGAUCCUCUCGCCGUUGGGGAGCCCGCUGGUGUACACCACUGGCAUCUUCCGCACCAUGUCUGCCACGCUCCUGGUCCUAGUAGCUCUCGCCGCCGGCCUUUCUGAAUCAUCCCGCUGCUCCCCUGUGGAGAUGCCAGGGGCUGCUGCUCUCACCGCCAAUGCUGAAGAUGAAGGGGUUGUCACGGCGCCGCUGUUUGCACCCUCAGACGAGGGCAGAACAGCCGAUGACAGGCUCCGCUCUAGAGCGCCAGGAGUUCCUGCAAGAUUACACACCAACAUAUACCUUGGUGAUCAGCAGAAGCAAAUCUGA